AUGGCCUCCGGACUCAUCCUCGACCCCCGUAUGCUCCUGCGCACCGCCCCACUUAUCACCUCAACCUGCACGCUCUGGUACUCGCUCGACCAGGAUUUUUUCCUGAACAUCUUCCUCCACCCCGACCACCGCACCCGCAGCAAUGAAUUUCUGCCCUCCUAUUUCCGCGCCUUCUUCGGCUACGGCACCAUGCGCGUACUGGGCCUACUCGCGCUGACCUUGACGGGAGGCGGAUAUAAUAUCUGGACGGAUCGACGGUCGGGAUUGGGGAGUCCAGCGUCCCUGCCUUGGUAUACUGCUGGCACGCUAUUCGCCGCUAGCCAUCUUCUCUUUGUGCCGGCGGUUGCGCCUAAGAUACAGGCUGUGGCCGAGGACACGUCGAAGGGUUCAUCGACAAAGGACCUUGAGGGCUGGCUGACCAUCCAUCGUAUGCGCACUUGGACGGUUGACCUGGCUGCGUGGGCCUGUUUCGUAGUCGGAAUGUCGAUUGUUGAGUGA